CCCUACCAAAAAUAUUGAAAGGGUUAAGGCCCAUAGAACACGAGGUUUGCAAUAUUGAACGAAUCGUAGUCGUCAUCCUCGGAAGCAGAGGAGCAAAACAGCGGGCUUGAAGGCGCGGUAUCAAUGCAACCUUUUCUCUUUGCUGCAAACUCAGAGCAGGUGACUCUCACUCCUUUCACAAAUCUCCGUCGCCUGCGUCUUGCUCAGAGUUGUGAAGAUGUUCACAUCAAGGAAAAAAAUCCACAAAGACAAGGAUGCUGAGCCAACUGAGUUUGAAGAGUCAGUUGGGCAGGCAUUGUUUGAUCUUGAAAACACCAACCAAGAUCUUAAGAGUGACCUCAAGGAUUUAUAUAUUAAUUCCGCAGUUCAAGUUGAUGUUUCUGGGAACCGCAAGGCUGUUGUUAUCCAUGUCCCUUACAGAUUGAGGAAAGGCUUCAGGAAGAUUCAUGUUAAGCUUGUUAGGGAGCUUGAGAAGAAGUUUAGCGGCAAGGAUGUAGUCUUGCUUGCCACCCGGAGGAUAGUGAGACCUCCAAAGAAGGGUUCUGCCGUUCAACGCCCCCGAACCCGCACCUUGACUGCUGUUCACGAGGCAAUGAUGGAGGACAUUGUAUUGCCUGCUGAGAUUGUUGGAAAGCGUGUGAGUAGACUGGAUGGAUCCAAAGUUAUGAAGGUUUUCUUGGAUCCAAAGGAGCGAAACAACACGGAGUACAAGUUGGAGACCUUUUCUGCUGUGUACAGGAAGCUGUCUGGCAAAGAUGUUGUGUUCGAGUAUCCCAUAGCAGAGAAUUAGAUUCAGUGUUAGCUUGGAAUUUGUUUUGAGAAUUGCAUAUGAUUAAUGCUUGUUAAAAUUUUGCGUAACUUAUUUUUUGCUUGAGCAUGUUUUCUUCUCGUAUUACUGGUUUUUGACAAUGUAGUAUCUAAUUUUUAUGCUCCGAUAAAAAGUUUAAUUUA